AUGCUCCAACGCAGUGCAGACUGAGGUAGAUGUGGAGCUGGAUGGUCAACCCAUAGAUGGACAGAAUAAUGGAGCAGACAAGGCUCCUUUUUUACAGGCUAAUGACAGCAGGGAGGGCUCCAUUAAAGAGGUGGUCUCAGGAGGGACAUCUGAACCUUUAGUUGAAGAUGGACACAUGUUCGAUAUGGAGGAAGAUGAUCUGCUUGAGGAGACGGAAACAGGUGCAAAAACACCUUUGCUUGAUAAUAGCGGUGAGGCUCUGUCAUCUCCAAUGGGCACUCCACUGUGUAUUGCAAGCGAAGCACUGGAGGUAUCUAAAGAAGUUCAGAUUGAGGAGUCACAAAGGGAAACGGCAACGGCAACUGUUCUGGACCAGCUACGCACGCCACCGCUUGGUCCGCUGCUGGACAAGGCAUUGGAGAAGGCUUCACAGGGCGCUGCAGGCACAUCUACACCGCAGCGAAGGAACAGCAGGGCAGCAGCAACAGCGGACGAGGAUUCGGUGGAGAAGGCCGUGAAAUUGGCGGCCAAAAGGAACCUAGAGCAAACAAGUGGUGUUGUUCAGAGGAACUUAUUGGAUCUGGUUUUGGGCGCUGCUGCAAAAAGAAGAGGAAAGGCCGCUGGUGUUAGAGGGGUGUCGCACACUUGAGUGUUCUGCCAUGGAAAUCUUCGCUUCGAAUGGAUGGCCUUUCAUUAAUCGGAUUGUCUAUGUCUAAGUUUUUUUAGUCUCUUUUUUCUGCUACUCUGUUUUAUCUCGCUCGGACGCUUGUUGCUGUGUGGUUUGUGGUUUUGAACAGCUAUAUGUAUCAAUCG